AUGAGUGACCAAUUCGCAAAGCUGACACUCGAAGGAGCCCCACAUGAUCGGCCUGGACGUGACUCAGCAACUCCCUCCCCUUCUACUAGCUCGAGAGACUUGUCACCAGGGAUCAAAAGAGCUCAAUCGACAUCUUCGCAAUACAGCAACAUCAAUGCUAAUUUCCAUGCCCGUAUGAAGGCAUUUCAAGAACAAAGAUCUCUAAAGAGAUCUGCCAGUGUAGGCAGUCAGAAAAAUAAAGAUGACAAAGCAAAUCAAGAUAAUGAAGCUAGUGUCGAAUCUGAUUCAGACAAGGAAAGAGAUAGAGAUAGGACGAUUGACACUAUCACUAGUCAUAAUUCAGCACCCUUAGAAAAUCAAACUUAUAGAGAUGAGGGGGUAAGGACUCCUACGUCAGGAAUUUCACAAAAAAUUGUAAAUAAGCCAUUACCUCCCUUGCCUGGUGGCCCAAGUAAUUUACCGUCAAUAAAUACCCAAUUAGACAGAUCCAAUAGUGGCUCUGGUAUUCACAAUAUUAGCAAUAAUAGCAAUAGUAGCACCCCGAACGAUACUCAUGUUUCCAAUAUUAAUGUAUCGGAUGUGUUAAGAUCUGAUUUGAGCCAUAGUAUUAGUACUUCUGCAAUUAAUAGCCAUAUGUCAAAUAGGACAUUUGGUAACGACAAUGAUAUAGAUACGAAUAAGACAAAUAUAUCAACGAUGAAUAUCAACGUUACUCAUGGAAAUAGAUUGCACUCUUCUUCAUUAUCGAAGGCAGGACAAAUAGGAGUUAACGAUUUAAAACUCCCAGAUAUCAAUAAGUUAAGACAACAAAGAAGAUUACAACAAAGACAACAGGAACAGCAAAACAAAGUUCAACAACAACAGCAAAAUGAAGUUCAAAAACAGCAACAAGUUGAAGUCCAACAACAACAAUUGCAUAAGCAAAAUCCAACUAGCCCGAUACAGGCAUCUCAACAACUACAACAAACAUUAGAUCCAAAUUCUACGCAAUUUAACCCAAAUAGAAGAGCACCUAAACGGCCUAUUACAAUGCCUCAAGUAGCUAUAAAUAGAGGAACUCCUGCUACAAGCUUAAGUGCCAGACGUGGCUUAAAAUUACCACCUGGUGGGCUAUCUCUAAAAUCUCUCCAUAAAUCUCCAACAACAUCUACUUCUGCAUCUAAUACAGUUCAAGAAUUUGCACCAUCUCCUUCGAAUAAGAAAUUACCAAUAAAUUCUUGUAACAAAAAUAAUACAACGGAAAAUGGGAGGAGAUCAAAUCCAGGCUCUUUAUUAAAUGCAAUACAAUCUACAUCUACAUCUUCCAGUGUUGAACAACAUGACACUCUUGGAACAGAACCCAGAAAUUCAAACAGUUCUGGCUCUGGUUCUGGCUCUGGUUCUGGUGGGCUUUUUGCCAAUUUCUCAAAAUAUGUUGAUAUUAAAUCUGGCUCAUUAAAUUUCGCAGGGAAAUUAUCAUUAUCUUCAAAAGGUAUUGAUUUUAGUAAUGGUUAUAGUUCAAGAAUCACUUUAGAUGAAUUAGAAUUUUUAAGCGAUUUAGGUCACGGAAAUUAUGGUAAUGUCUCGAAAGUACUGCAUAAACCAACUCAAGUAAUAAUGGCUAUGAAAGAAGUUAGGUUGGAAUUAGAUGAAGCAAAAUUUAGACAAAUUUUAAUGGAACUAGAAGUUUUACAUAAGUGUCAAUCUCCUUAUAUCGUUGACUUUUAUGGUGCAUUUUUCAUAGAAGGUGCUGUUUACAUGUGUAUGGAAUAUAUGGAUGGUAGUUCAUUAGAUAAAAUUUAUGAUAUCACGCCAGAAAUUGGUGGCAUUGAUGAACCCCAAUUGGCAUUCAUUAGUAACGCAGUGAUAAGAGGAUUACGAGAAUUGAAAGAUGUUCAUAAUAUUAUUCACAGAGAUGUUAAACCAACCAAUAUUUUAUGUUCAGCUACCCAAGGAACCGUUAAAUUAUGUGAUUUUGGUGUUUCUGGAAAUUUAGUUGCAUCAAUGGCUAAGACGAACAUCGGCUGCCAAUCAUACAUGGCACCAGAACGUAUUAAAUCAUUAAACCCAGACAUGACAACAUACUCUGUUCAAUCUGACGUAUGGUCAUUAGGUUUAAGUAUACUUGAAAUGGCUUUAGGUAGAUACCCAUAUCCUCCUGAAACAUUUGAUAAUAUUUUCUCUCAAUUAAGUGCAAUUGUUGAUGGUCCUCCACCUACUUUACCCUUAGAUAGAUUCAGCAAAGAUGCUUAUGACUUCGUUGCAGUCUGUUUAAGAAAGAAUCCUGAAAGAAGACCUACCUACUCUCAACUAUUGGAACACCCAUGGCUACUGAAAUAUAAUAACGUUGAUGUGGGAAUGAGUCAAUAUAUAUCAGAUCGGUUAGAAAAAAGAAAAAGACUUGUCCAAGAGACAGGCGGUAAUGAACUUCCAAAAAUCAUUCCGGCUCUUCAUAUGGGGGGUCUCCCAUAA